AGCUGUUUAGUUCAUUUUGUUCAAUCGAUUAUUCGUUAUUGGUGCUUUUAUAAUUUUUCGAAUCUUUUCGGUUUACCCAUGUCAGAGAAUGUCGAGGAUCAGAUCAAGUUCAUCGUUAGAUACGGCAAAAUAUCAAAGAAAGCAAAGAUCUUGUUAAAUUCGAUCAAGAGAAUGUUUGAACCUAAUACAAACACACGAUUCAACGAGACCAACAAGUUUGACUUCAAACUAUACAAGAAAUUGGCCGAAAUGUAUCGUAUAGACACCUUCAUAGUUCUUAAAGAGUCUAAGAACAGCAUACACAUAAAAAUGAGCAAAGCAAACGAACAGAUGACCAUUUAUUUGCAGGUUAUGGGAUUUGAUGCUUAUUCUGUCAAUGGUAAUUACAAGAGCGAUGCCUUGCUGACGUUCAGUGGGUUCGACAAGGAUGAUGCGUUUAAGAAACUGUUUGGCAGGCAGCAUUUCGAAAACGUGGAUAGUGUAGAGCGAGUCAUAAAUUUUACGAGGGAUGGUGAGUGCAUUUACGUGAGGCACUACAAAAUUCUGAGAAAUGAGGGUCGGUGCGUAAAAAUUGGACUAAAAGAACUGGGCCCGAAGAUUAAAAUGAAGUGUGUGAAAACAGAUGAAUCAUCCUUGGGCGAGCGUUGGUAGUAUACAUUAAAUUUCCAUUCGUUGAAAUA